GCGUGGCGAUCGGCGGGAGCGCGCGGCCUGCGUUCCUGCCUCGCCCGCCUCCUCGCGGCGCCCCGCCUCACCCUUCUCUGCGCUCGUCCCGGCCGUACGCGGCCGUUAGCGCCGCCGCCGCUGCAAUUUAUCCGUCAGUCGGGCGGCGGGAGAGAGCGCGGGAGGCGCUGGCGCCCGCUCUUUGGCUGAAGCGGCGACCGCGGGGGCGGAGGUGCGGGGGACAGCCGGUCCGGGCCGUCCUCUCUCCCCAGCCGCGGGGAGGAGGGAGGCCAAGGAGGGAGAAGGCGGAGGCUGAGCCCACUCCCCUUUAGGACCGCUCCUCUGAGUGACUGCUGUCCGCGAGGAGGGGGAGGAAGGGGCGAGUCUCUCUGCAGCCCUCAUCGAGCCGCCGCCUGCCCAGGCCUCUGUUCGGCCCUGCGGGCGGCGCUGAAGCGGGCGUCGGCGGGGCGCGCGGGCCGCGUGAGCCCGGGCUCUGCAGCACACGGGGUGUCUGUGUCUUCAGACUAAUUUAAGAUAUAGUCCUGAGAAAGUUGAGACGCAAGGAAUUACAUACAGAACUACUACUUUCCGCCAGUAUUCUUUUUCCUCUUUCCUAUCCCUCUUCUUCCAUAGGGGAGUACAGCUUGGGAAUUUAGGUCCAUUCAUCCCACAGAAAUCUACCUUAUUCCUUAAGGGAUAGGCUAGACGUUGCCUGUUAUAGUACCAGGAGAACGUUAUUCGUUGCUUGCUGAGGGAGCUUUAUUUGUAUAUUUGGAGUGCAGUGUAGAGAGGCAUCCAGGAGGCUUCCUUGCCCUCCCUUUUUGAGUGAUAGUGGAUUCGGGAAAAGGGGUGCUUACGGAGACACGUGACCUCGUUAAAGGACCCAAGACUGAAGCAGCACUUGGCACACUGAAGGAAGCACCCGCUUAUCUUUUGGCAUCUUUUUUUGUCUGCUGCUCGUUCCUCACCCAAUUUCGGAAGUUCCACUGAAAAGAAACCUUGAAGGUUGCAAGAAAAGUCCAAGAUGUGCAGUUCAGUUGCUCCCAGACUGUGGUUCUUAACAGACCGUCGCAUCAGAGAAGAUUACCCUCAGCAGGAGAUCCUGAGAGCGUUGAAGGCCAAGUGCUGUGAAGAAGAGCUGGAUUUCCGGGCCUUGCUGAUGGAUGAAGUGGUGCUGACAGUCGAGGAUGGAAAUCUUGGUCUUCGGGUGAACGGGGAGCUUAUUACUGCUUACCCCCAAGUGGUGGUAGUCCGGGUACCAACACCUUGGGUCCAAAGUGACAGUGAUAUCACAGUCCUUCGCCAUCUAGAGAAGAUGGGCUGUCGGUUAAUGAAUCGUCCCCAGGCCAUCCUCAACUGUGUCAAUAAGUUCUGGACGUUUCAAGAACUUGCUGGUCAUGGUGUGCCCCUGCCAGACACCUUUUCGUAUGGUGGUCAUGAGAAUUUUGCCAAAAUGAUUGAUGAGGCAGAAGUGCUGGAAUUCCCUAUGGUGGUGAAGAACACGCGGGGUCACCGAGGCAAAGCUGUGUUCCUGGCACGAGACAAGCACCAUCUGGCAGACCUGAGCCAUUUGAUCCGUCAUGACGCCCCAUACUUAUUUCAAAAAUAUGUUAAAGAGUCCCAUGGCAAGGAUGUACGUGUCAUCGUAGUAGGAGGCCGUGUGGUGGGCACCAUGCUCCGUUGCUCUACAGAUGGGAGAAUGCAGAGUAACUGCUCACUUGGCGGUGUAGGGAUGAUGUGCUCACUGAGUGAACAAGGCAAGCAACUGGCAAUCCAAGUGUCCAACAUCCUGGGGAUGGACGUGUGUGGCAUUGACCUACUGAUGAAGGACGACGGUUCAUUCUACGUCUGUGAGGCCAAUGCAAAUUCCAACACUCCCUUCUCUAUGCCUGCAUCUUUAACAGUGGCCAAAGUGAAAACACUGCAGACUACUUGCUAAGAAAACACUGAGUUAAAGUCUGUACUAUGUUUUUUUUUGUUUGUUUGUUUUGGUGUUUUUUUCUUUUGUUUUUCUGUUUUGUUUUUUUUUUUUUGGUGGGAGGGGUAUUUUUUGUUUUUUAUGGGGGAGAAAUGUGAUAAGGUGUGGAGAAGUGAAAAGUUGGUGAAAAGUGAUUAGAAAUCUAGAGAUACACUAGAAUAAAGUUGCAGUUCAUACAAUACUUAGAAGGCUUACUUUUUCCCAUUGAGAGUACUUAAAAGCUGAUGUUAUCAGAAAUCCAAAGUGCAUAACAGAAGUUCUCAAUUGUUUGGCAAACAUGCAACAAAUUAAAUUUAAAAAAAAAAAAAAAAAAAAGGAAAAAUAAAAAAAAAGGGAAGAGAGCUCAGCCAGAAUAAUAAAAAUUUUAAAAAAGUAGAACCUAGGUCCGUAAACAUUUAACAAAUUGAUUCUGUACUCUUAUGUGUUUGUGGUGUGAACGCACACACUUGUGUGUGUUUGUGAACGCGCAUUUGCUUUGCUUCAUUUCUUUUUGAGUUUUGUCUAUUUAGAUCCUAUUUUUUUUUUUUCUAGACUGCCUGAUUUUUCUUAGUUGUUCUGGCUGUGCAUUUUCUCAUUAGCCUUGAACUGUUUUGGGUAACACAUAACCAGAACAGAGAUAUCGAGUCAGUUAUUCAGUCCCUAUUUUCCCCUCCUCCUUUUCUUCCACUUUCUCCUCCCUCUGUUCUCAUUCCAUUCCCAGUUUUCUGUGAUCAUAAAGCCCUGCAACUAUAUAUAUAUUUAUAUAUAUAUUUAUAUAUAUAUAAAUAUAUAUAUAAAUAUAAAGAUAAGCCUCUUUUUUAAAUACACAAAGUAAAACGUUUACAAUUGAAAAACAAUCUUGUGAAAGUAGGGUUUGUUUGGAGGGGGGUUGUGUGUGUGCAAUGCUGCUGUUUCCUGGAUACUUUAAUGAAGCAUGUCCCAUGUACCCUCUGAGGCUCUGCACUGCCCACUUUUGCGGCCCCUCUUCACCUCUUUGCUGCUCUGCUGUUUUAUCUUCACUUGGACCUUAAACACAACUCAUGGACACUAUGCAGAGAGUCUUCAAGAGGCAAUAAACAGAACAGUAUUAACCUGCUUUUGUGGAGAUUUGAUCAUGCUUCUUUGUACAGUUCUUUUUUUUUUUUUUUUUUUUUUUUUAAUUUAAAAAGGAAUGUAAUAAAAUGGCUUCUUUUUUUUUUUGGUAGAAUUAAAUAUUAUUAUUAAAAUCAAGUGUAAGGUUGACUUGUGGUAUUAAGCAGGAGAAGUGGACUAGCUGGUCCAGCAACAAAAGGGGGUUCAGCGGCCUGGAUAUUGUCUUUUCUUCCUAAACCCUCAAGUGCACAGGUUGUAUCUGAAGAAUAUAACGGUCUUUAACUUCCGUGAAGAGCUGCAGAAGCACAGAACUAAAAGGAAGCUGAUUUUCUGGUCACUGAGCAGUACACUGUUCUUCAGAAACUCUUCUCCCCUUGUGUGUUUAUCUAAGGGGAAUUUGGAUGUUGGUUCUUUUCUUUGGUUUUUCUUUUCCUUUUUAUUGGUAGAUGCUUGCACUCAUUGAGAAGCUGAUGGGCCAACCUUCACCUUUUCAGCUGUGGCUCACAUAAAGCCAGUGUGGAAUAGAAACAGGGAGUCAGCUGGUAUAGUAGGAUCUCUGUACUUCUGUCACAAUAAUGUCUUUAAGGCAAAAGAACAGGUAACUGAACAUCAAGGCUCCAUUCUAUUUUGUGGAGAAAUGUUGUGUUACACAGUAACUUUACAUUUCUCUCACCCUUUCAGAAUAUCCAGAUAACAUUUUCCCAUAAUAAAAUAGGUGUAGUAAAUAGCCAUGAGAUUUUUUGACAAACAGUGGGUUGAGAAACUUGCAGUUUGGUUCCUUUGUGAUAAGAUACUCCUCUGUGGUUGGUGCUUCCAAGCAAUUUUGGAGAUAAGUCUGCGUAGUGAUCAGGAAAGGAGGCAAUAUUUGAAACAACAUGUAUGUUUGUUUAUACGUAGGUUAUUGACAUUACAUAUGAAAACUCUACUUGAAGAUUUACUGGUACAAAUGGUACUUGUCUGAUGUAUUUACUCACUAUUUAUCUGUUGCUUCUGAAAUAGUGAAAUGUACAAAAUGAUAUGGGAUCCAGAGUAAGGUUCUUGCUUUUAAGUUUAAAAAAAAAAAAAAAAAAAAAAAAGUAUCCAAGUAUGACCUGUUAUAAUCAGGCCAGUCAGGCCAGUAUUUCCCAUUGAAGGUGAACUUCAGAGACCUCAGCUUUAUAUGCUGUAUUUCCUUCAUUUCCAUAUGCUGAAAAAACACAUGCUAAACUUUCAUAUAGUUGCACUAAAACUACCUGCAUAUUUGAGUUUGGAAUUUUAUGCUGAAGAAGUAAUCAAUAUACAGCUGGAUAUAAUAUCUUACAGUGAUAGAAAUAUUUCUGUAUUUCUUAAUUUUGAAAAAGCCACUUAGAAACUCUCUUACAACAAUAAGUUUCUUAAACUACACCUGAUUAUUAUUAUUAUUAUUAUUUUGUAACAGUGGAGACUUUCUUCUGUUCAAUUUAACAUGUUUCUAAUUGAUGUCUUGCUAUGUCAAUGUAUGGAUUGUAUCUUAAGCUUUGUAUUUAAUGCUUUAGUGUGUUUUAUAAAAAAUUGUAAUUCAAUGUUACACCACAUCAUUCAUAAUGCAAUAAUAGAAGGUCAAUGCUUGAUGAGUAUGUGGACUGUUAAAGCUUCUUAUUCUGAACUUGUGGUCACUAUUUGUGCAUUUUCUUCUACUUUGUGAGCUAUCUUUCAUGUGAGAUACUUAUUCAGGAAGUAUUCUCUGGAGCACCAGUGUACUUCAGAUGCAAAGGAUACUUCUUAAGAUAUUAUAUUGGACUUCAAAAUUCAACAUGUGAAACCAGUGACAUUUGUGAAAUCUUUUCUCCCUCUUGUGAAUAUCUAUCAGUUAAAUACCUAAGUGACCCUAGGGGCUUAGAAAGACUUCAUGAAAACAAUUUGCAUGUACAAUAUCUUUCUCACGCCUCACUCUUUUUGAGAAGGUUUAUGGGCAUUAUGGCUGGUGCAAGAUAAACGACCCACUUCUGUUCUCUCUGUGGAAUUGUAGGUGCUCAGACAGG